GUUGAAGAAGUGCUGUUUUGCAGUCUCGGUAUGCUGAAAUAUUCAUUAUGAUUUAAGUGUAAGUUGCAGAUGAUGCUGGAGUUCUGCUGCACUGUGUGAAACACUCUGACAUGUAUAAAUGUAAUCUGCCACUUUAAGGAACUGUUUUUUAAGGAUUCCAAAUCUGAAUUCCAAAUGCAGUAUUGGUUUAACAAUGCACUCUGGGGAAAGGAUGCAUCAAUGAAGUUGUCUUGUUUCAUGUAUUUUGAGCAGUAGGUCUACAAUUUCUUGUACUUCAGUGAAAACCUAGUCUCCAGAGAUGGCCAUAUUGCUUUCUGAUAAGCCUUUGUUUUUACUACUAACAUUAUAUCUGACAUGCAAUGGAACUUUGUUUAAAUGGAACUCCCGAAGAUCAUAUAAAGAAGCUGUUGGUGUGAGCGGAAUCACCUCUUUAAGUAAUUUUCCCCAAUCUGCUGCACGGUUAUUACAGGGUGUAACAUCAGAUGUUGAUGCAGCAUCAAAGAGUGCACUGGUAGCUCAGGCUAUACACAUCCAGUGUGGGAAUGAUAACUUAGUAGUGACUGUUAAGAGAAACUUAUUUGGAACUGGAUAUCUGGUGAAAGAGACUGAUCUUUCUCUGGGAGCUGCAGCAUGUCCAUUUUCUACCCUAAACACACUGAAUAACACUGUUAUUUUUAAUAGAAGGCUCCAUGAAUGUGGAAGCACAGUUCUGAUGAAUCCAGAAUCCUUGGUUUAUACCACAGAUCUGUACUAUACUCCAACUCCUUAUGGGCACCAUCUUAUUGUAAGGACAAGUGCAACCAAGAUUCCUAUUGCAUGCAUCUACUCAAGGAAGGACAAUGUAAGUAGUCAUGCAGUGAAACCAUUGUCAAAACUGUUCACUUCAAGCAUUUCCUCUGAUCAUGUGAUGAACUUCUCAUUACGCCUCAUGAAUGCUGAGUGGACUGGUGAACGAUUAUCGAAUGUCCUCAACUUUGGUGAUCUCCUGCAUAUUGAGGCUUCUGUUGGCCUCCCAUUGCAAGUUCCCCUAAGACUAUAUAUACAUAACUGCACUGCAACCCCAACUCCUGAUGAGAAUUCUACAAUAAAAUAUGCCAUCAUUGAUAACUAUGGCUGCUUAAGAGAUGGUAGAUCAAACUCUUCUUCUUCAGUCUUUAAAAUUCCAAGAAUCCAGCAGAACAAGCUACAGUUUUAUCUGACACCGUUCCGAUUUUAUAAAGAUACUAGAAACACGGUUUUUAUUUCCUGCUUUUUGAAAGCUAUUCUAACUGAACAUCUCGCAGACAAAAUAAAUAAAGCCUGUUCCUUUUCCAAGCAAGAAAAUAGAUGGCUUCCAGUAGAGGGCCCCGAAGACAUAUGUGAAUGCUGUGAGACUGAAAGCUGUGAGGAAGUAACCAAGUUGCCUGGAAAAAAUAAUCUGCACAAGAAUCAUUCAAAGAGAGACUUGCAUGCUUUUGCCAACAGACCCAUGUGACUUUCCCUGAUUGCCGUCUACAUACUCACUCCGACUCCUUGGGACUAACUCCAGUUAACCACACACUUGCAGAAUAUCACUCAAUAAUAAACUAGUUAACGAAGACAGAGUGCUAGAAAAACAGGAAUACAGUUGUAUUAAAUGCCUUGUGGAAUAAAGGUUUUGUUUCCAGUGUU